AUGGCCUCAAACAACGCGGCCUCGUCGUCGUCGUCGUCGUCCAAGAACCCAGGCGCACCGGGCGUCGGUCCCUCGCGCCGCACCUGGGACGUGGAAGAGUUCACGGCAAGGGCGCGCGAACGCGAUCGGGUCGACCGAGAGGCGGCCGCCGAGAACGAGGCGCGCCUCCAAAAGGGCCUCGCGCCGCUGCGCCGGAGGAGAGAAGUGCUGGCCAAACCCACCCAGGCGCUCCAGGCCCGCAAGGCGCCGCUCGACCUCGACAAGAAUGUCGGAAAGACGAUGAUGGUCGACAUGGGCGGCGCAGGCGACGGAGUGGGCGGAGGCAGCAGGGGGCCCGGAUUUCACUGCGAUGUGUGCAACAAGACUUGCAAGGACAACGUGGCCUACCUCGAUCACAUCAACGGGCGUCUGCACCUUAUGCGGCUUGGCCAGACGACGCAGGUGACACGCUCGACGGUCGAGCAGGUGCGCGCCAAGCUCGAUGCGCUACGCAAGCAGCUCGCACCGGAUGGCACGCGGCGCUCCGUCGUCACCACCUACGACUUUGACGCCCGCAUCCGCGCCAUCGCCGAGCAAGAGGAAAAGGAAAAGGAAGAGCGGAGACAGAAGAGAAGAGAGGCCCGCCAGAAGAAGAAGGGCGUCGCCGCCGGCAAGAAUGCGGCAGCAGCAGCAGGAACAGCAGCAGCAGCCACGAAAGCGACGGCCGCGGCCACCGGGAUCCCAGAUGACGCCGACAUGAUGGCCGCCAUGGGCUUUGCGGGCUUCGGCAGCACCAAGAGGUGA